GGGGGGGAACGGGCUGGGGAAGGAUGGCCGGGGGAAGCUAGCGGAAGCUGGGACCUGCUUGCGGGCUUCCGCCUCCAGAGUCUUCCAGGUCAGUGGCCUCAGGCCAAAGUCGCAAGCCGCUGUAAAGUAGAGGAGAAAGUGUCGGGUGGGUCCUGAAGAUUUUUCUAAUACACAGACUUUGAGAAUAAUCUAAUCUUGAAACUGAACCAAGUAGAAACCAUGAAGAAACAUUUUAAGUAUUGUUAUUAAAAUUAAAAUCAUGGCCUCGUCAGCAAAUCUGGAUGUGGGAGCCCAACUGAUUGUGGAAGAAUACAGCAACAGCUAUAGUUUAACUGAUAUGACAGAUGUUAAAGCGGAGCACCCAUUGGAUUCAAAUCCUGAAGAAGGCCCAGCUCAGAGUGUUGCAAUGGGGAUGAAAUUUAUUUUGCCUAAUAGAUUUGAUAUGAACGUGUGCUCUAGAUUUGUAAAAUCUUUAAAUGAAGAGGAUAGUAAAAAUAUUCAGGAUCAAGUUAACUCCGACCUCGAGGUGGCAUCUGUCCUAUUUAAAGCUGAAUGCAAUAUCCAUACAUCCCCUUCUCCUGGGAUUCAAGUAAGGCAUGUCUACACUCCUUCAACAACUAAACAUUUUUCACCCAUAAAACAGUCAACUACUUUAACAAACAAACAUAGAGGAAAUGAGGUAUCGACAACACCUCUGUUGGUGAAUUCCUUAUCUGUUCAUCAAUUGGCUGCUCAGGGAGAAAUGCUCUAUUUGGCCACUCGUAUUGAACAAGAAAAUGUAAUCAACCAUACAGAUGAAGAAGGAUUUACUCCUCUAAUGUGGGCUGCUGCUCAUGGGCAAAUAGCAGUAGUAGAGUUUUUGCUUCAGAAUGGUGCAGAUCCACAGAUUUUGGGGAAAGGACGAGAAAGUGCCCUGUCAUUGGCCUGUAGUAAAGGAUACACAGACAUUGUCAAAAUGCUGCUAGAUUGUGGAGUAGAUGUUAAUGAAUAUGAUUGGAAUGGGGGAACACCUUUACUUUAUGCUGUGCAUGGAAAUCAUGUGAAAUGUGUAAAAAUUCUACUAGAAAAUGGAGCAGACCCAACUAUUGAAACAGAUUCUGGAUAUAAUUCUAUGGAUUUAUCUGUAGCUUUGGGCUAUAGAGGUGUUCAACAGGUUAUUGAGGCACAUUUGUUGAGGCUGCUACAAAAUAUCAAGGAAUAGACUUACAAUCAACAGGAAAUGUUCUGUUAAAAACCAUUUGCUUUUUUUUUUCGUAGUCCCAAUAAGUGACAAAGUCUUGUUUACUUUUUUAAACUUUACCUCAGUCACAAUAUUUACUGAUUUUUAGUAAAUUUUAAUAAAUUUCCUUCUUUAGGUAAUUCACUGGUGUAUAGUAAACUUGGUGUGGAUGUUUUCUUUGUAAAUUUAUUUUACUGUGUAUUUAAAAAUGUAAAUUAAUAUUGUGUUGCAUGUAAACUUUUCUGGUCAACAUAAUUACUUAAAUCUUCAUAUAAAGUGUAGUAGUUUUAUAGUUUCAAAAUUUAUUCAAAUUAAUCCUCUCACAUUCACCUAUUGACUUUAUAUGGAAUUUAGGUGAAUUUCCAUAGAAAACAAAUUUCAUUGUUAAAGUUUUUUGAAAGUGCACAAAGUGUGAUUGUUUACAGAAUGCUGUUCACUUAUAAAUAACUUCUGUCUGUUUGCAUAGUUGUCCUUAAAAAUUUAAGAUAUAUUUUGAAAUAUCUUUAGGGUUUCCGUUUAAAUUGUUCUAUUAAUGAUUUUAAAUAUUUAUAAACAUUCUUGUUUUAAAUGAACCUGAAUAUAAUUAAGGCAAAUUUAAUAUAUACUCUCUAAUACUCAAAUGUUUCUUUGAUUUUAUCAAUCUGGAUGUUUACUCUAGUAAUGCAAAUUGCAAUCUUUCUGUGUCAGUAGCUCUUGUUUAGGUCCUCCCACAAGUUUAUUUCAGGGGUUCCACCCAAUGUGCUAAAGUUGUUUUUUCCUGGCAUCAUAACCAUAUCAGUGGAGCACUCAGACUCUCUGUCACCCUUGCCGUGUAGCUAGCUCUUCUUCUCUUCUCUCCAGUGACAACUUUCAUAUCUGUUCAUCAUAGUUCCUCACUGCUUAUGUGUGACAACCUACCCACUCCUAUUGUAUGCCUCUCCAUUGCUUUCUAUGUGAUGUCACUUUUGCUUCUGUAGAGACUUCUGUUCCAUUUCUCAUAGCCUUAAGAUAGCAUUAUUAGCAUAUUGAUCUUAAAAACCAUGAGCCUUUGUUUUUGGAGAAAAUUUGGGAGCUUUCUAAUUUCCUGAAAGCAGCAAUUCUUGAAUUUCCUGCUCUCAUCCUCCUGUGUAAUUCUGGGCCUAACUCCUCCUUUGUACUCUCUGUUCCAUAUGGACAUACAGAUGGACAAAUUCUAUAUAAUUAUGAUAUGAAGUUGGAUGAGCAAUAGACAUUCUCUCUCCAUGCUUAAAUGGUUAAGAAUUUAUUCAAAGAGACUCCACUGUGUUCCAAAAUUUGAUGCAACCAGCAUAAUAUUAUCCAUCAACAGGAAUAUCCAGAACACCUCACUAUCCACAAAGACUUUGAACUGGAUCUUCCUUCUUACAAUCAGUCGUGGACAUCUUUGGCAAGCCUGUGGCAUCCUGUUUUAUGUCUCACCCAGUGUUUGUGAUCCUUGAAUUAUAAUUAUUAAAUAAUGUUAUUUCUUAUUAUAGUUUUCAAGGAAUCUUGAAUGGUUGUGAUGUCUAGAUCAAAGGUAUCUUGUUAGAAGAAAUUUUAAAAUGGAAUUUUGUUCUACCUAAUCAAAUGUUGUUUUCAUAAUCAAUAAGUAAGCACAGUGGAAUUUUGUAUCCUCUGCAUCUUUCAAUCAGUUAUAAAAUGGUAAAAGUGUGGUCCACAGUAGAUGUCUGGUGAAAGCAUGCCUGUUUUCUCUAAAAACUAAUCGAGGUUGCCCUUGAUAUGUGUACAGAGGAGUUUCAAAAAUAUUUUAUGUAGAGAACAUAGGCAAUGUAUAGUGUUGGAUCUGGAGCCCUAAAGAUCCAAGUUCAGAUCUGGCCUGAACACAUCACCCUCUCUCAGCCUCAGUUUCCUCAUCUGUAAAGCUGGGGAUAAUAACAGCACCUACCUCACAGGGUUGUUGUGGGGAUCCAAUGAUAUAGCAUGUAAAGUGGUUUGAAAAACUUAAAGUGCUAUGUAAAUAUUACAUGUCAAUAAUUAUUGAUGUUCUUCAAGUUGCCCUUUUUUUCUAUAUCAGUAAGGUCUGAGAUUUUUUUUCACGCACUUUUGGUAUGUUGCCUUUAUUAGUUACCUUGUGUAAAUCAGUCACCUUUAUAAGCUUGUCACUCUUUCCUCUGUGUCUUCUUGGUCUAAUCCAGUUGUUUAUUCCAUCUUUGUUGUCUUCAAUGCCAUCUCUGAAAUAAGCACAUCUGGGACUGUAAUGUUAGGGACCAAGUGUAGUGGUGUCCCACUUCACGGGUAAAAACCGGAAAAAGCAAUCUUCCUUUUUACUUCUACUUGUUUGUUGUACAUUCAUUUUCAUCCUAAAAUACUCUCGGGAAUCUUUGCUUAAUUGACUCUUCUACAGAGAAGUUGGAUUGUGCAAUUUUUUAAAAAUGCACAGAUGGUGAUUGUUUACAGAAUGCUAUUCAAGUGUAAUUUUAAACUGGUUUUACCUUCUAUUGUUUUCCCCUGGUUUUUGACAUGAUACUACUCAUAGUCAUCUAUCAUAAGAAUUUUCAAACAACUUUAUAAUCUUACCCUGGUUUUGUUUCUCACCACCAUAUCUCUUGUCAGUUGGCAAGUAAAUGACUAAGGUGCUUUAUUAGGCUUUUUUGGUCUCAUUGUUAUGACAUUUGGUUUACAUCAAUUAAACUGUAAAAUUCUUAUGAUCAGUGUUGAUGUCAUUUGUAUUUUCUGGUACUCAUUUUUCAUUAUCAAUUGCUUAGAUGAUUCAGGAUAAAAUUGUUUCAAUUCCAUAUCAUUUUUUCUCAUUGUUCACUCUAGGUUUUUACAAAUUUAUACUCUGGUACCAAGUCAGAAGUUUAAUUGUACAGAGACGGUCAGUUACCUUCAUAUCAAUAGCAAGUUUGAAAUAGAAUUAAUUUUAUUUUUUGUGAUGUUAUUCAGUUCACCAUGCAAUAUAAAAGUAUGCAGUUUCUGUGUAAUCUGCAAGUA